CCUCCCCCAGCUCCUGAAUGGCUGCCCGUAAAUUGGGGUAUAUAUGUCUCUCCAGCUCCCCGCCUCGUUGCUUCCAUUUCCCACCACCAGACGUCCACCCCGUCCUGACUUUGCAUCCCAGCUUUCGAAACAGCAAUCACUCUCUCAGUGCUUUUCCCACAGCUGCUCGUCAUUCUUUUCAAUCCUCCAAACUGCAAAUUCAAUCCCCACAACCUCUACCCCCAGAGAAUUUAAAGCAGAGCUUUAUUUACAGUCCUUCGACUCGAACCCGUCUGUCCGCCCUCCUUAAUCCCCGACAACAACCCGGGCCGUGCCUUCAUCAGAACAGUAAAUCAAAUCGAAUCACACAAAAUGCGUUACUCUGCCCUCACCGCUAUCCUGUUGGCCGCUACGGCCGUCGUUGCGUCCCCCGCCGAGAAUGUCGAGCGUGGUGUCGACUACUACGCUGCCGAGACCACCUGCACCGAUGCCGAGCUCCCCGUCGUGACUGAGUACUACCACGAGUACGUCACCAAGACGGCCGCUCCCGUCAUCAAGACCAAGACCGUCCGCCGUAAGAAGACGCGCUACGGCACCGUCAAGACCAAGACCUACACUUGGCAACCCGAGCCUACUACCUACGCUCCCGAGCCGACCGUCACCUACGCUCCCGAGCCCACCUACGCUCCCGAGCCGACCGACGAGGCCGAGCCCACCUCCAGCGACGCGCCCAAGGCCACUGGAUCUCCCGUCGAGCCCGGCUCCUUCUCGGAGCAGUGUCUCGAGGCCCACAACACCAGGCGUGCCGCCCACGGUGCUCCCGCUCUCGUGUGGGACGAUGAGUUGGCCAACUUCGCCCAGGGCGUGUCUUCGACCUGUGUGUUCGCCCACUCUGGUGGCGCGUACGGAGAGAACUUGGCUGCUGGCGGUGACGGAACCCCCGAGGAGUUCAUCAAGGGAUGGUACGACGAGGGUGUUGACGAGAACUACGACUACACCCACGGUGGCUUCUCCAUGGCCACUGGUCAUUUCACCCAGGUCAUCUGGAAGGGAACCACCCGUCUCGGAUGUGCCACCGUCGCCUGUGGUGAUCUCGGAAACUUCUUCACCUGCGAAUACGCCGAUGCCGGCAACGUUCAGGGACAGUACCAGGACAACGUUCUGUACGCUCCCGUGUAAAGCCCCCGUUCUUCUCAUGCGGGCUGAGAGGUUCUUUCGUCGCAUAUCGAUAUCCUGUGUGCGUUUUUUGUUGUUCCAUAGCUGUACAUUUUGAAUGUCAUUUUGGUUGUUUCUGGAAACGAUUGAGUUUAAUGCGUAAUCCUAUCACCAUUCGUAAUACCUAUCCUAUA